CUUCCUGUAAGACCCUCUCCUCCGUCCCUCUCCUCCCUCUCGUGAACGAAUCAGCUUCCUGGAUGGGGCUACAUUAUCUGCCUGAUUCUAGAACGCAACGAGGCGAUACCAACACGAGCCUACGGAGAUUAGAUCGUACGACAGUCACUUUCAGUUCUAGAAGUCUUAUCAAUCGCGAAAUUAGUUUCCUUUUUUUCCCUCCUUUUUUCAACAAUAAUUAUCAUCAUCAAGACAAUUAAUAUUCAAGUCAAAUAUUUCCCUAAAUAAUAUUUUUAAAAAAUUCAAUACAAGUGCAAAGUGAUUAGAAAUUUUAAAAUUCUUCGCAAGAAGAAGAAGAAGAAUUCCGGAUAAAGUGGAUUCCAAAUUUGGAAAUCGAGAUAGAUUGGACAUGAGACACAGAGCGAUACUUCCGGGGGAUUCCCUGUUCCAGUUAUUUCAAGGACGACUCACAAAGUAUUCCUGAAAGUCUUUUUUCCAGGAGAUCACUGAAGCAAAAUGUCACUGGGUCAACGAAUUUCCGGGGCUGUCGCUGUUCUUCGAGGUGCCCCUCUGGAGACGCAGCAAGGCUACACAUCAAAGGAUUUGGAAAAAAUGACUUCUGAAGAUGAGGAGGAGAACAAACCUCUUCCGUCCGAAUCUCUGCAAAGACUUCAAGUGGUGAUAAAAUGGAUAGGAGAGAAUUCGGUACUGGUGCUGACGAUUAUUGCCGUUUUAUUGGGUUUGAUUCUCGGAUUCCUAGGUCGAUUAGCAAAUUUCUCUUCCCAUUCAAUAAUGCUAAUCAGCUUCCCAGGAGAAAUUCUAAUGCGAGUGUUGAAAAUGUUCAUUCUACCCUUGAUUAUAUCUUCGCUCAUUACAGGAAUGGCUCAACUUGAUGCACGAAGUUCCGGAAGAAUAGGCUUUCGUGCCCUGACCUAUUACAUGGUGACAACAAUUCUAGCAGCAAUAGUGGGCAUUGCAAUGGUACUGAUAAUUCAUCCUGGAAAUCCGGAAAUCAAACCAAAAGUGGUCGACACACUCGGCGAGGAGGCAAAGAUAUCAACGAUUGAUGCAAUUCUCGAUAUAAUAAGAAACAUGGUACCGGAGAACCUGGUGCAAGCAUGCUUCCAACAGGUGCAGACAUCGUACGUGAAGAAAAAAAUCCUCAUUCUCGAGGGUAAAAAUCGUACCGACUACAUUUUGGAGCCAACAUUGGUCUACAAGGACGGCACCAAUGUCAUGGGAAUGAUUGUCUUUUGCAUUGUCUUUGGACUGCUCGCCGGACAAAUUGGACCCAAGGGGAAAAUAAUGAUCGACUUCUUUGCUGUUUUAAACGAUCUUGUUAUGAAACUGGUUGGCAUCAUUAUAUUGUGGUACUCGCCGUUCGGAAUAAUGUGCUUGAUAGCAGGAAAAAUCAUGUCCAUUCAAAAUCUAGCAAUGAUGGCACAAAUGCUUGGAUUAUACAUGAUCACUGUCAUCAUGGGUCUUUCAAUUCACGCCAUUAUCACGCUUCCAUUGAUUUUUUGGCUGGUGACGAAAAAGAAUCCGGCUGUUUUCUUUCGAGGUAUGAUGCAAGCCUGGAUCACGGCAAUGGGAACAGCUUCCAGUGCAGCAACACUGCCAAUUACCUUUCAGUGUUUGGAAGAAAAUAAUAAACUUGAUCCAAGAGUGAGUCGAUUUGUUGUUUCGGUCGGAGCGACAGUAAACAUGGACGGGACUGCUCUCUAUGAAGCCGUUGCCGCAAUUUUUAUUGCUCAAAUGAAUGGAAUUUCCCUCGGAAUCGGCGACGUAAUCACUGUCAGUUUUACUGCCACAUUAGCAAGCAUAGGAGCUGCAAGUAUUCCCAGCGCUGCUCUAAUUACUAUGCUUCUGGUACUAACUGCCCUUGGACUCCCAACAAGCGAUGUCUCUUUACUUUUCACCGUAGAUUGGCUAUUGGAUCGACUGAGAACAUCAAUUAACGUCCUUGGCGAUGGUUUUGGAGCUGGAAUUGUCUAUCAUCUCAGUAAAGACGAAAUCGAAGAAAUGGACGCGGAAAAAAAAUUAGAAGGCAUGGAAACAGGAAUUUCUCCCUUUGAAAUCGAAUGUCAAGAAUCUGACCCUGUCUCUACAUCUGAAACAAAAAUUUAAACAGAAACCGAUCCUUAUUAUCAAAGAAAGAAACUCAAUUUCCACUUCAGCAAUAUUUUUCACCCUCAAAAAGAAAAAAAGAAUUUUAGAAAUAAUUAUCAAGAGCAUGAUAAGUACAAAGUAGAGAACGAGUGAUUUUAAAAAAUCUACUAAAGAUUAAUCGAAUUCUCGAAUAAAAAAAUAAAACUCUAAGAAAAAAAAUAUGUAAAACGAUCUAAUAUAAUUUAAGACUAAGUGUGUGCGAGUCCCCCUCCUAGACAAUGCGCCAAUUUAAAAGAAAGUUUACCACUGAAAAGUCUAUUUGAAAAAUGCAAACAAAAUAUAAACAAGUUUUUGAAAUUCGUUUCAAAUGAAAGCAAUUUUAAAAAUAGAUUUUCCAAGGCAAACUCUAGAAUAAUUAAUUUUUACAAUAUUUUGUUAAUGACAUCAUUCAAGUAUUUAUCAAUGACGUUUAUUAAAAUUGUACAUUAUGAAAGAAAUAAAAUGUGAAAACUC